AGGCUGCAUCCCGUUUAAGUCAAUAUUUUUUCCUUAACGAGGGGCAACAAUAUCAGACUCAUUUCGAGUCAUCCCACCAACCAAUUCCCCCCCAAGUAGCCAUGCCGUCGUCCGUAAUUGAUGCGUCGAACUUCGACUCUAUCCCGGAUACCAUCAGGGCCUUCGGAAAUGGCGAAUUCGUCGUCGUGCUUGACGACCCAGGCCGAGAGAACGAGGGCGACAUCAUCAUCGCCGCCGAGGACGUCACCACGGAGCAGAUGGCCUUUAUGAUCCGGCACAGCUCCGGGCUGAUCUGCGUGGCGCUGGACCCCCAGCGCAUUGACGAGCUCGAGCUGCCCCAGAUGGUCCUGCACAACCAGGACCCGCGCGUGACCGCCUACACCGUCUCUGUCGACGCCGCGGACGAGGUCAUCACCACGGGCAUCAGCGCCCACGACCGCGCCCUGACCUGCCGCGUCCUGGCGGCCGCGAACCCCCGGCCCGAGUCUCUCCGGCGGCCGGGCCACGUCCUCCCGCUGCGCGCCCGGCCCGGCGGAGUCAGGGUGCGGAGGGGCCACACCGAGGCCGGCGUCGACCUCUGCCGCCUGUCCGGUAAGAGGCCCGCCGCGGCGAUCUGCGAGCUGGUGGAGGACGGCGAGGAGGUGCCCGGGCGGGCCGUGAGGGCAGAGCCCGGCAUGCUCAGGGGCGAGGGCUGCCUUGCAUUUGCGCGCAAGUGGGGCCUGAAGGUCUGCACCAUCGCCGACCUGGCCGCCUACUUGGAGAGCACGGAGGGGAAGCUCGAUGUGAACGGCUCGGGUCUGGGCCGGUGAAUUAAGACUUCUGAGGCCGGGGUGCUGCCGCUCGGUAUCGGGGUUUCUUUUUUUGUCGCUGAUGUGUUUAGGGCGUCAUUUAACGUGGCAGGAUUGGAUUUUUGCAUGCAGUUUGAUAGAUUCGUCUUGAGGACCAAAUCCGGAGAACGAGCCGUCGAUGCUUUACUGGCCAUGCU